AUGGACGCCGCGGUGUGCCUCUUGGUGAACCUUGUCGACAUCGUAAAAGGCUCAUCCGGGCCGCGUUGGUUGAGCGAGCCUCCUGCGCGGCUGCUGUUCUCCAACUGGACGGGAGCCACGGUGCGAUGCUCGGCCGAGGGAGACCCACGCCCCAACGUGUGGUGGGUGAGCGCGGUCGACGGACUCAAUGCCAGCGCGCUGUCGGCCGCCACUUCCCGACCGCAGCUGCUGACGGUGCACGAGGGCACGCUAACCUUCAUGCCCUUCCGCGCAAACCAGUUUCGAGAGGAAGUGCACCGCGGAUCCUUCCGCUGCCGGGCGCGCAACGCGAGAGGCACCGUGCUCAGCACCGCCGUGCACGUCAACGCCGUGGUAGCCCAGGACUGGGAGCUGCGCAUGUGGUCCGCCCCCGGCUCGGUGCCUCGGGGCAGUGCACUGCUGGUGCGUUGUCCGGUACCCAGUCACGUGAGCCACCACGUCAUUGUCACCGCCUGGGAAGAGGAGCACCUCAGUCCCGCACUCAUCACACCACGAUCGCCGACAGACCGCUACGUGAUGUUGUCGUCGGGUGACCUCUACGUUCGGAGCAUGACGCAGGCUGCGCGCUUUCGCUGCCACACGGAUGACGUUCUCACUCGUCGCAACAGGACGAGCGCCAACUACGCCCACUACCACGUCACAGAACCACCGGGAAGCGAGAUACCUUCUAUCACAUUCCACUCGGGUCACGUGACUGUUGAGCAAGGUCGUCCCACUGACCUUGUCUGCCUCGCCCAAGGAUGGCCACCACCUAAGUACAAGUGGUACCGGAAGCAGGGGCAGAGGCUAAUGCCAUUGCCUCCCUCCCCAACGCCCACUGCGCUGGACGGCGUCCUUCACUGGAGUGGAGGCGUUCUGCCCGAGCACGAUGGACAGUACGUGUGCGUAGCGGCAAACAGCAUGGGAGAUGCCAAGGCCACGCUAACGCUUUCAGUGAUUGGUGAGCUCUCCGUCAGCAUCCGUCCACGCCUGGUUCGUGCCGAGGCCGGUGACUCGGUGUCCUUCCAGUGCAACGCGAGCAGCAGCGAAGCGUCACUCGAGUGGCGCCUGAACGGGUCGCCGCUUCCGCUGGGAUUUCAGCGGCUCGAGCGAGGGUUCGUGCGAAUCGCUGCUGUGGCCCGGCACCAGGGUGGCAUGCUGCAGUGCUUCGCUACUUCCAGGGACGGACGCAGGGCUGCGCAGGAUACGGCUGAGCUUGUAGUUGGAGAGCGUGCCCCACGCAUGGAGCGAACGUACGGCACCACAGGCAUACUGAAUCCCAAGACUCCCGCGAGCCUAGGGUGCCGGGCGUCGGGUGACCCAGCGCCCUCGAUCACGUGGACGUUAGAUGGUGCGUGGCCCAUCAUUGGAGGUGGACCGAGGUUGCGUCUCUGGUCGACCAUUGACUCGGCGACGGGGGACGCAGUCAGCUUCCUCAACUGGACUUCGGUGGAGACGUCCGACUCCGGUCAUUACCAGUGCCUGGCGAGCAACGUGGCGGGUCGGGCUGAGCACGUAUUCCGAUUGGACGUGCGGGGUCCCCUGUUUAUGAGGCCGGCGUACAACGCGACGGCGCUGGAAGGUCAUUCCUUAGCGCUGCAGUGUCCAUUCGGCGGAUAUCCAUACGACAAGGUCAGCUGGUUCAAAGAUGGAAGCGAAUUGCCGAUGAACCAAAGGCAGACUGUGUUCACCAAUGGCACACUGCUGCUGGAGACCCUCACUAAGACCAAGGAACAAGGGGACUACACCUGUGUCGUGGAAAACCUGGAUGGAACAUCUGUUGAGCAACUUGUUCGGGUCAUUGUCAGAACUGGUCCGCAGAUCACGCCGUUUCGUUGGCUGGACGACGUGCAGGAAGGAAUGCGCGCUGGUCUCAGCUGCUUCGUGCACGCCGGCGAAAAGCCUAUCGUCAUCGAGUGGCUUAAGGACGGCGCACCGAUCCUGCAACCCGUUCGCCAGGACGGGUUCGUGUCCACGCUCUCGCUGGAGUCCUUGUCGUCACAGGACAAUGGCAACUACACCUGUCGCGCCUCCAACGCCUGGGCAGUGGCCACGUACAGUGCCGUGCUCAGGGUCAAAGUUGCACCGACAUGGCGAUCCGAGCCCAGGGAUGUGGUGGCGGUCACUGGUCACUCUGUGGUCGUUGACUGUCAGGCUGACGGGGAACCCCCUCCACACAUACGCUGGAAAAAGGCAUCGGGCAGAGAUAGUGGCCCCUAUCGCGCCCUGGUGAGCACCUCCCGAGUGCACGUGCUCGUCAACGGAUCUCUGAGCGUGCGCAGUCUGGAGAAUGGCGACGCGGGUCUCUACCUGUGCGAGGCCUCCAACGGCGUCGGUGCUGAACUCUCCAAGGUGGUGCGCCUCACCGUUCGCAGCAGCCCUCGGCUCUCCCCCAAGGAGUCUACGACAUCGGCAAAGCGGGGACACCAAAAGUCUGACAACGCCCUGUUCACCUGUCAUGCAUCGAACGACUUUGGAGAGGACACGACAAACAUUAAUCUCGUCGUUCAAGAUGUUCCCGGAAUACCGGAUAACCCCCAAGUGACCGAGGCAUCCAGCAGGUUCGUGCGUCUUGCCUGGACCGAGCCUUUCAACGGCAACAUGCCCAUCACGCAGUACCUUCUGCGAUGGAUAAACAAGGAGGCACCCGUCCUCUCCAGCCCACCGGGCAGCAGCAGCAAGAGCGGUGACGGGCGAGUGGACGGCUACUACGUCGCCUACCGUCGGCAGGGCACGUCAGAGCCGCUGCGCUACCACACGCUGCACGAGUGCGAGGGCGUGCUCUCCGGCUUGGACAAGGACACCCGCUACGAGGUGCUCGUGCAGGCCUUCAACGCCAAGGGACCGGGACCCCCGUCGGGCACUCACGUAGUGCGCACCUUGGCGGCCGAUCCCCCUCCACCGCCAACGUACCGUGUUGUGGGCACUUCGGCUCGGACCAUUUCGCUGGCUUGGGAGAGGCCGGCCAUCCCACUCGACGAUCCGCCUAUAAGGAAUUACUACGUGUCAUGGCGACUAGAAGGUGACGAGCACUCGUGGCGGGAGCAGUCAGUGGGCGGCGACCGCACCAGUUUUUCGCUGUCCAGUCUCGCGUGUGUUCUGUUUUGGUUCGACUCUCUUGAAGCUAGCCUUAUUGGCGCGGAUGACAAUAAAGCUGGCCCCGUGCUCCAGCAGCCGGAUCGCUUGGUGGCGAGCAACUCCAGCGCCGCCUGGCUACACCCCGAAGCGUGGUGGCAUGGCGGAUGCCCAAUCAGCCACUUCACCGUCCACUACAGACGCAACACCGAGACAGACUGGACUCUUGUGUCCAGCCACCUUCCCUACAGGCUCGACGAGUCUCUGGUCCUCUCUGACCUGCAGUCUGGGUCCUGGUACGUGCUGCUCAUGGUUGCCCACAACGAUGCCGGCAGCACCACGGCUCAGGUCAACUUUGCCACACUUACGCCUGAUGGAGACGUGCCUUCACACAAGCCACACUUACUGGAUGCCAAGAUGGCGUCCUUAUAUCGGCACCUAACUGUGACGUUGCCCAUUGGCAGCUCUGUGCUGGUGCUCGUCGUGGUGCUGGCGGUGCUUUGGUGUGUGAUGCGGCGGCACACGGACGAUGGCACUAUUGCGCAAAGCACGCCACAGGGUAGCGUGUGCGGCGAGCGUUACAAAAGUGAAGUGCUGAGCACUGCCGAACCGACGUACUGCGGUGGUGGCUCAUCCCGAGGAUCAUCAGCUUACGCUGUACCACACAGAGUUUAUGAUGUGCCUUACGCCCAGAAAAGGCCAGUGGAACAGAUAGCAAUCCAGUCUCGAAAGUCUCAGACUUCUACGGGCAUGAGUCGAGAUGGUUCUCAGCUUUUCUAUGUCUCGAGCAAAUCUAAAGUGUUCGAUGAGGACGAGAUGCACAGGUUAUGA